GGAGGAUUGGCUGUCGAUCCAGAGAUCUUUUCAGAUCUGAACAUAACCCAGAGCUGCUGUCCUCAACGCUAUUAGCUAUUACAUCGAACUGGGAGGUGGGAGCCCUUAUUCACUCAACCGAGAGAGAGAGAGAGAGAGAGACAGACAGACAGACAGACAGACAGACAGACAGAGCGGAACAACUUUGGUAGGAUAUCAACUUGUAACUGUUAAAUGAGCGGUGAAUGACACGCAGAGAGCGUGUCGCGCUAACCAGGAGCAGAGCGCACUAUCUUCUGUCGGUUACAUCCUGAUUAUUUCUAUUGUAAUAAUAUAUCGAAUUAUUUCUUUAUUCAUUCCCUUGCUUUCUUUAUUUCUUUAUUUCAAUGAGUGUCGAGUUUCUCAUGAGAUUAUAUACGUUUUCAAACAGGUUGAUACCACCCAUUUUCACACAUAAGACGACUUGGGAAACGCGUUUUGAGCGACAGCUUUUCACCAGCAAGUUAAGCUGAAAGUGUCCACCACUAUUCUCACUGGGACCAUGGCGAUCUGUCCGCGGUUACUGCUGCUGCUCGGAUGGAGCUAUCUAUUCGGAGGAUAUUGCGCGAUGUUGAAAGAUCAUUUCACAGAUUUAAAAAUUAAAGGUACAUCUGGGCACUCCGGUGCGGCCCGGAGGGACAAAGACCGCCCAGAGAAGGAUGAGCACGACCUACUUUUACAGGAUACUAUGACGGAACACAUGCAGAUUCUUUACGAACAAUACAACCGUGCAGAAUUUCCUUUCCGGGACGGGAAUACGGUCCGGAGCUUUAAAGCGCGCUGGGGCACCAUCAACAACAAGCAGUUCCAGAUCUUCAACCUGACGUCUCUCACCAAGUCGGAGGCCGUCCUGUCGGCCACGCUCCACUACUACAUAGGAGACCACCAGAACAGUUUCCAGCACCCGGGCUGCAACAGCACCACCAGGACCAAGCCCAAGAGCUGUGGAGCUCCGUCCCCAUCCCUGUCCCGCCACGGCCCCAGUAGACACAGCCACGUCCAGAUGGGUGUGUGGAGCUUCGCCUCAGUGGAUAACCAUAUCAGGACUUUGGGCCACUUUGUGAUCAAUGUGUCUACACUAUACAGGGACUUCAUCUCUUGGCAGUGGAAGGAUGUCACUCAGGUGGUGAACCAGGCCAAGCAUCAUGAUGAGCUGCUGAUCGGGAUAGACGUGGCAUCCCAGCCUGGACCCAGGCCCUGGAAGAAGCUCCUCUCAGACCGCUUUCCUUACAUCCUGGUCUACGCCAACGACUCAACCAUCUCCGAACCAGAGAGCGUGGUGUCAACACUACAGAGUCAUCAGAGGCAUCAAACCACGAUGACCACGGAAGAAGGAGCAUUCGCCUCCGGCUUCCACAAACUGGGGCUGCACACUCAGAAUAGCACCGCCGCUCAACAACAGGCGCCUCCUCACAGACGCCGGCGCUCGGCUAACGUCCUCCUCCCGCUCCAGAACAACGAGUUACCGGGGCCGGAGUACCCGUAUGAGACGACUGGCUGGGACGAGACCAGCCCCUACGAACCGCUGGAGAACAAGCAGGUCCGUCGGCCGAGGAAAAAGACGCGUGGUAAGAGCCAGAGGCACGACGGUAAGAUGCCCCUGCUGCAGUUUGACGAGCAGACGAUAAAGAAGGCUCGUAAGAAGCAGUGGAACGAACCACGGAACUGUGCUCGUCGCUACCUGAAGGUGGACUUUGCAGACAUUGGCUGGAGCGAGUGGAUUAUAUCUCCCAAGUCUUUUGAUGCCUACUACUGCUCAGGGUCAUGCCAGUUCCCCAUGCCUAAGUCUCUGAAGCCUAGUAACCACGCCACCAUCCAGAGCAUUGUGAGAGCAGUAGGGGUGGUGUCUGGUAUCCCUGAGCCCUGCUGUGUCCCAGACAAGAUGUCUUCCCUCUCCAUCCUCUUCUUCGACGAGGACAAGAACGUGGUGCUCAAAGUUUACCCAAACAUGACUGUGGACUCCUGCGCCUGCAGAUAGGGACAAUUACCACACACACACACACACACACACACAGGCACAUUCACAAAGAAACACACACACAGCUGGACAAUAAGAAAUGCUCUCUCUCUCUCUCUCUC